AUGCAGAUUCUACAAGGCAUUAUCGUGAAUGCUUGGCGGAAGGAGUGCGGGCAUUUUUCAUUAGCUGUCUUUGCUUCUUCAGACCCUACUGCUGACAAACUUCUUGAGAUCACAGACAAGAUUCUCAUUACACACGCUACACCCAUUCAUGAGCCAUCCAAGAAGAAACGAAACCAUGCAACUCUAUUUGAGGAUUCUGAACCCACAGACAUGGCUCACCAUAACCUGCAGCUUCUUACCCGUGAUCUUCUCUACGUUCUGGAGCUAACCAGUGCCAUCUCACACGGUGACUGGGGCCGCAUUGAAGAUAUCCUUGGAAACUUAGCAAUGAUAUUCCAUGGAGCCGGGUCAAAUAACUACUGCUCUGAAAUCCUUCAUUUUCUCUUUAACCUUAAGAAAAUCUGGACUCCUGAAUUUGCAUGCGAUUUCAUUUUCACUUUUAGAUUAUUUUGA